AAUUGUUAUUAUUAUGAUCUUGAACGAACUAAAAAGAAAAAGAAAAAAAUCUUGAACGAUAUUAUUCAGAGCAAUCUGCUUCUUUCGCCGAGCAACUUUUAUCCGGCGACGGGAACUGACACUGCGGCGCUCCGGCUAUGGAUCCGACUCCUUCUUGGUUCACGCCUAAGAGGCUUCUUGCUAUAUUUUGUGUAAUCAACUUGAUAAAUUACAUGGAUCGAGGAGCAAUAGCAAGCAAUGGUGUGAAUGGAAGUCAAGGAACUUGCACAGCAAGUGGCACAUGCACAUCUGGUAGUGGGAUACAAGGUGAGUUCAGCUUGAGCAAUUUUGAGGAUGGAUUUCUUUCUUCAAGUUUCAUGGUUGGACUUUUGGUUGCUUGUCCAAUAUUUGCUACCCUAGCAGAACGCAUUAACCCAUUUAGGCUCAUUGGGGUUGGAUUAUCAGUUUGGACUAUUGCUGUCAUUGGUUGUGCUGCUUCAUUUAAUUUCUGGUCCAUCUCAAUAUGCCGCAUGUUGGUUGGUGUUGGUGAAGCAUCAUUUGUAAGCCUUGCUGCACCAUUCAUCGAUGAUAAUGCACCUCCUUCUCAGAAAACAGCUUGGCUUGGAAUAUUUUACAUGUGUAUACCUAGCGGUUAUGCAAUUGGCUAUAUCUUUGGUGGAUUGGUUGGAGGUAAUUUUAAUUGGCGUAUUGCAUUCAUUGGAGAGGCUGUUUUGAUGCUUCCAUUUGCAGUUCUAGGGUUUGUUAUAAAGCCUUUGCAAUUGAAAGGAUUUUCUCCUUCUGCAUCAUAUGGAGUGGUGAGAUCUGAGGAUUCGGUUGCCUCUGAAGUUCAAGAGACAGAAGCUUCAUAUGGCAAAGGUGGUGGAUUCUCCAUUGCUGAAGAUAGCUCAGAGAAAUCUUCCAGUUUUGCUUCUAAGUCAAGGAAUCAGCUCUCGAAACUUGUGAAAGAAGUGAAAGAGCUCUUGGUUAAUAAGGUUUAUGUUAUUAACGUUUUAGGUUAUAUAGCAUAUAAUUUUGUCAUAGGCGCGUAUUCAUAUUGGGGACCUAAAGCUGGUUAUAGCAUCUAUAAUAUGAGCAAUGCUGACUUGAUCUUUGGAGGAAUAACGGUUGUAUCUGGAGUGGUGGGCACAGUAGGAGGAGGCUACGUUCUGGAUUUUAUGAGCAACACCAUCUCAAAUGGUUUCAAGCUUCUCUCUGCAACAACCUUUAUUGGGGCAAUAUUUUGCUUCAGUGCCUUCUGUUUUAAGAGCGUUUAUAUCUAUCUAGCCCUAUUUUCAAUUGGUGAACUACUCGUUUUUGCUACUCAGGGUCCUGUAAAUUAUAUUAAUCUUGAGGCCGUUAAACCAAGUCUAAGGCCACUAUCUAUGGCUAUGUCUACCGUUGCAAUCCACAUCUUUGGAGAUGUGCCAUCCUCGCCUCUUGUUGGAGUUCUUCAGGACUACGUUAACAAUUGGAGGGUGUCUGCUCUUGUUCUUACAGCUGUUCUGUUUCCAACAGCUCUAAUAUGGUUUGCAGGUGUAUUUCUUCCCAGUGUAGACUCGUCUGAUGAAAACGGUCAUCUCGAAGAUUCUGCAACCAACCAGUUGAGCACGACACCAUUGCUCGAAGGACAGUUGAUAAAGAUAGCUGAAUCUUCUUCCCAACCAUAAAUGGUUUUUGUUUCUGUUUCUCACUCCAUGCUCAACAUGCCCUUCUCAUUGCUUUCUCAUGUAAGUAUCGUCUUUAGUUCGGUUAGGAUGUGUAACGAUUGUGAACUAGACUAAUCUUAAUUAUUGGAAAACGAAGUUUGAUUAACAAACGUUGUUUUUCCUGUAUUUGGAAACAGACCUCUUAUCAGCUGGUUAACUCAAAUGCAUUUGUGUAUAAUGUAGAUGUUGUAACCUCUCUCUUUUGUUUUGUUUUUUUUUUUUCCUGUUUUAGUUGUUAGAUUUGUUAGCAGUUGAGUUUGUAUUUCUUGAAGAAUUUAAAUGCAUUCAUAUCGUUCCGUCAAA